GUCAUUCCCCCCCAACAAGGGAGCAAGGGCCCCCACCGCCAGUUCGAUCGCCCUUUCGUUCCAACGGGAAUCGUUCCUUUUGCUACAACAUCCAAACUUCUCUACACAAACAACCUGAACGGUCUUUACCACCUGUUGCCUACCCUGCUAGAACACCCAUCUAUACCCUCGAAUCGCAGUUACAACACCACAACCUAGCACAAAAUGGCAACCGUCGUCAAGAAGCCGCCAGCGUCAUCAGGCCGGGAAACACCAACGGGAUCAACGCGCCCGGCCGCCAGAGCCUCUACGCCCUCGUCUGCUUCCACUGCCUCCAGCGUCGCCCGCACACGCUCUAUACGAUCAGGAACCCCAGUUUCAGCCCGCGCUGCCGUCUCGCAAAGGCGCCAGUCUGUCCUAAGCAAUGGCACCAACAAUAUCACCAAGGAGCCGUCAGCAGCAGACCUCGAGCGCGAGGAGGCUGCCCGCGCCGAAACCCUGGCCAUCAUAGAAGAUCUCAAGGAGAGGCUAUCCAAGGCCGAGGCCUCGUCAGAAUCCCACAAGCGCCAGAUGGACGUCCUGCAGAGCAGGUUAGACGACGCGACCAGGGAACAGGCCAAGCUGGAGGAGAAGGUGCACGAAAAUGAGGAGCAGAUCGAGGCGCUCAAGAACGAGAAGCGCGAGAUCUCCCGUCAGAUGCGCGAGAUGGAGAGCAUCUACGAGGCUGAGCGUAGCGCCAUGAUGAAGGAGAAGGACGAGAUGGCCAACCGCGAGGAGGAAAUGCAGACUGUUAUCCAGAGACUCAAGGACAGUCUGGCCCAGAGGGAUGAAGAGGGCGUGAGGCACGCGAGGCGACCUUCAAUCGCUACCACAAGCAGUUCGCAAAAUCUCGAUAACGGAAGCUUUGCGCCCCCUUCCUCGAUCCACCGCAGUAACUCACAGAACAACUCGAAGCUGUUGCUCCAGAAAGAUAAACUAAUCGAAUCGCUGAGGCUCGAACUGGCCGAGGCACAGAUCAAGCUGGUCGAGUCCGAAAACCAAGGGGGAGGGCGUCUGCGCGAGGUCGAAAGGCAACUGAUGGAGGCGCGCAUGGCCAAUGCCAGGCUGAUGGAAGACAACGAGAGUUACCAGCUCCUCCUCCAGGAGAGGACAUUAAAGGGCGACUUCGGCACCAGCGACUUCAGCUACAUGGGCAACUCCGCGAACCAGGAUGCCCUUGCCGCUCUCGAGGGCAGGUCAACAACCACCGGCCCAACCAGCCUGGCCGACGAGCUCUCCGAUAUGGUCGAGCACGAGCCCAUCCAAGAAGUCGACCAGGAAGCCCAGAAGCGCCUCGAAGGCGAACUCAAGACGGUCAAGGAUCAGAAUAAGGCUCUGACCUUGUACAUCAACAAGAUCAUCGAGCGCCUCCUGUCGCACCAGGAAUUCGAGCACAUCCUCGACCAGUCCAACGACUUCAAGUCACCUUCUUCCGCGGCGCAGCCCAACACCAACAAGGAGCUGCCCCCUGCCCCCGCCGGCGGCGCCAGCGCCAACCUCACCCAACGCGCCAAGUCCAUCGUCACAGGCGGCGGUCCCAUGGGCGCUGCCGCCGCCGCGCGCGUCCGCCCGCGCCCCAUGUCCUUCAUGCCCCAAAGCGGCGGGCUCGGCGUCAGCUCGGGCGUCUCCAGCCCCAUCACCACCAACCCGGACACGGCGCCCUCCAUCCCCAUCGGCCUCGGCCGCUCCGUUAGCGGCGCCGGUGCUCGCCGCGGCCGCCCGCUAAGCGAACAAUACGGCCCCGGCGCCAGCGUCGCCAGCGCCAUGUACAACAAAAACACGGGCGUCGCCCCCUCCUCCGCCAGCCAAUACUCGCUGGACGCAGCCGCUUCCCCUCUAUCCCCCACCAUGCGCACCUCGGGCGGCUCCUUCUUCACCUCUAACCCCAAUCGUUCCUCGACAUCUACCUUCCCCGGCACAGUCCGCAACAGCGAGACCUCGUCCGAUACGCAGUCCAUCCGGUCUUCCAUCACGGGAUACGGUAGGGAAGACAUGUCGACGCCCAGCCACAGCCCGCCGAGGAGCCACCAUGAGAAGCCGGCGACGACGUUUGCGGGGAAUAAACCGCGCCCGCUCAGGCUGGUGCAGGAGAAUGCCGCAGCGGAGGAGGCGGCGAGACAGCAGCAGGCGCAGCAGAAUAAGAGGACGAGCUGGAUUGGGUGGGCUUUCGGUGGUGGUGGAGGUGCGGGUGGGAGGAAGGAUAGUGUGGCGGGGGAGGGGACGAUGGGUGGGGAGGUUAUUCAGGAGUAGAGGGAGUAGUAGAUGAUUUGACUUCUUUGUGAAAUCUGGCUUGUGAUCUAUGCGAGUUGGGCUUAGAUAUGAACUUGAGCUGUUUCGGGAGUUUUGGGGGAGCUUGGUGUUGGAGACGGGACGGGGAAUACCUAGCUAUUUACUUGCCUGCCUAUCUUUACUAUACCUAACCUUAUCAUUACUUGGGACUUGGGA